UUUUUUGUGGCAUCUUUAAUUAGAUAGCUAUUGUUAAUAUGUUUAACUAUUUGAAAUGAUUUUUUGUUUGUUUUUGUGCUUCUGUGUCCAGUAUAGGUUUCACAUGCAUGCACACGCACACAUGAAAACAGUUGUAUAGUUUCGGUUACGUGUUUCUAUUGUUUCUAUAAAAAAAAAAAAGACUUAUGAAUUUUCCGAUUGAUGUGCGCUUUCGUUGCUCAACUUUGUGGUUAGUGAAAAACCUGAAGACCACAGUGUUCUGCAGAGAUGAACAGGAAAAAGGGGCCAUUUUGUGUCCUGUUAGUCAAAGAGACCACAGACUCAGCAUCCUCUUCAGUGGAGUCAAGACUAUGCAGCCUCUACUCAUCUUGCUGUGGACUUUACUGCUGAUGGACCCCACUCUCCAAGUCUCUCUUAUUGUCAGUCCAGACCAGUCCCAGUUCUUUACUAACAACCCACUGAAUCUGCGAUGUGACGACACAUCGCAGAUUCAGUGGAAGGUGUGGAGGAGAAACCAAGACACCACGAGGCGCUGUGGCGAUGGUGAUGAUAAUAAGAAGUGGGGCGUGCAGACUGGCUCCAGGUGCAUAGUGAAACUCCUGGAGAUGAAGGACAGCGGGCAGUACUGGUGUCAGUCUGAAGAGGGAAACACCUCUGAACCUGUCACCCUCAGUGUCACAGACAGGGGGGUGAUUCUGCAGAUGCCUGUGCACCCUGUGUCUGCAGGAAAAACUGUCAAACUGAGUUGUAAUCAUCGCACUGACUCGUCCAAAGCCAAUUUCUAUAAGAACAAUCAGUUCCUGUUGGAAGACCAGGGGAGAAACAUGAUCAUCCAGCAGGUGGCGUUGUCUCAUGCAGGCCUGUACUAUUGUGAGAUAAAUGGACAGAAGUCACAGCCCACUCAACUCACUGUCAAAGCAGUAUCAGUCGCCUCCACCUUAGCUCCUCUUACAACCUUGUUUCUGACCACUACUACUCCUACGCCCUCUGUGGGGCACUCCCUGCCCCCCUGGGUCAUCCCGGUGGUGGGCUCUGUUGUGGGCGUGUUUUGCUCAUCGUCCUGGUGCUGCUGAUUCUCCUGAUGAAAAGGUGCAGAUGCAAGAAAAGAAAAGGUUCGAGAAAAAAGAGAGGUAGAGCUCCGCCUCCACAGGGUCACCACCCAUCAUGCCCCCUCAGGACCCCAAAGGCACCCACACAUAAGUGACUCCUCGUCUUUGAUGCAGCCAGUGUUAAAGAUAUGUUUGGGCCAUUUAAUACUAUUACAAUGUAUUUAAAAAAUGUACAGAAUAAAAAAUGCAUUAAAAUCAAAAUACAAACAAAUCACAACAUAAAUAAUCAUAAAAUUAAAAAAGAGAGAAAAAGAGCACAGAAUGAAAACCUUUCAGUCAUAUGCACAGAUAAACAAAACCGUUUUGAUCCUGGGUUUAAACAGACUGAAAGUAAAGGACUAGAAUCUUCACAGACGAUUGUCAGACAGAUUUAUUGAUCUCCAAGGCGCCAUCAAGAGGGGAAAAUGUAUAUAUCAGAAGUGAUAAUUAUCAAUUAAAAUAAAAAAAAACUUUUAUUAUACAAAAAUGUCAUGUAGUUUCUUAAAGUUUAAAAACCUGUUACAUAAAACAUUUGGAUUUGUUAUUUAUGUUAUAAUGUAAUGAAUGUGUGCUGUUGACUUUUGGCUUUUUUCAUUUCUGAAGUUUAUUUUCUGAAUCCAAGUGAUUUAAACUAAUUUAAUGAAACAACUCAUUCAGAUUGUUUCGUUAUUUAUAUUUAUAGGAAAAUGUUUUUAUU